UAAAAAAGAACACCUAUCAUUUUAGACAAAUUAGUAAGGAAAGUGAUAAAGCAACUAGUAAAUAAAAUAAAACAAGAUUUAUUUGUUUAACUAAAUAACCAGUUGAAAAGUAAAUUUAUAUUAAAAAUAAUAUUAACGGAAGUGCGCAUCUAAAUUCAUCAGGCUGGCUGCCGGCUGGUCGCCAUAUUUGUGGCGAGCGAGUUUUGGGUUUUCUACAAAGAAAUUCGUCGGUGGCGACGAAAGGGAGUAAAUUAUACUCCCUUUUCUGUGUUAAAGUGAUAUCUACCUUUAUUACCCGUGGGUAUAGCUUUAUAUCAAAGGAAAAUAUAUUUUUUCUUUGUUUCGUAUUAUAAACAUGGCUUUCUAAAAUGUCGGUCUUGCACGUAAUAUCGUUAUCUCCUUGCGGAGUAUCCCGCUCAGCUAUUGUUGUGGAUGUUGGAGGAAUCCAAAAUGGACAAGAAAUCUUCGAACCGAUCUUCUCAACCACAGUCGAGGGCUUCAGCCAUCGACUGUAAAAAAAACACAGAUUUGACGCAUAAACCUUGGCCUCGGAAUAACAAGAAACGUGAAGGACCUGCAGGUGCUCCCAAAAAUGAACCAUAUCGCAAGAAUGUUCCAGCACAGCGUGGAAGGGGUGCAGUUGACCGGAGACCACGUACUCGUCCCACUGGUUUCAAUGUGGGUGGAGCGCAGAACACCGGGUUAGAAGAUGAUCAAGAGCCGGAAAUCGGCUCGGUUUUUGUGCCUGGAAGCAAGAAGCAAAAUUUGAAUCAUUUGCUGAACUUCACGUACCCAACCCGCCGAGAAGCCGAGCACAGGGGACCACAGACUCAAGGCCGCCGCCCUCAACAGCAGCGCGAAAGAGUUGUGAUACGUCACGAACAUGAUCUCUACUUACGAGCUUAUUGUCAAUUUGUGAUGAAGAAGGGUUGGGAUUAUAACGUGAAUUUGUUAGAUCCUGACAUACCUGUGAAGUGGGAGCAAAUUGAGGAAAUUGUAGUGAGAAGCACUGGCAAGUCGGAAUGUCCAAUCUGCCUCGGCGCGCCAGUGGCGGGGCGCGUGGGCCUUUGCGGCCACGUGUACUGCUGGGCAUGCGUACUGCACUACGCGGCGGCCCACGAGAAGCAGCCGCCACCCUGUCCAGUGUGCACCGCGCCCAUGCACGUGGCUGACAUGAAGCCCACCCGCAUGGUGCAGUGGGAGUCCCCGACUGAGGAAGUAACUAUGCGUUUGGUGCGUCGUCUUAGAGGCACUACGACGGUUGAGAUCGCCCCACCGCGUGGGCAGUUAGCUCAGAAUCCACCAGAACCUGUGCAGCCUCUUGAAAAUGUCAACAGUGCACCAUAUUCAAAGUUCUUCAUGGCUAAUAAACAACAGGUGCAAGAAAUAUUGGCAAGAGAGCGCAAAGAAAUCCAAGACCAGAUUAUGGCGGAAAUUGAUACAACUGAAAUUGUAUUCAUGGAGCAAGCCCUAGACAUGCUCAAAACUAAGGAGAUGUAUAACGAAGCCCAAGUAGAUGAACCUAUUAUAGUUGAGACACCUGAAAGUACAAUACCGACUGUUUAUGAAAAACAGGAGGUAAAUGAAAAGAAAAUUGACUGGUUUGAUGUUAACGAUGAAGGCGCAGCCAGCAUUGAGGUCCUUCAAGAUCAGAUGCAAGAUCUUGAAAUAGGGCUAGACUCAAAUCUAAAUCCAGAUGCCCCGUCCUUUGUCCAUGGUGACUUGAAUGAUAACCAACCUGAGGAGUUCCCAUUGAUUGACUAUUCGGGUCCUGAAAAUGAGAACGAAACUAUUGAAGAUGACAGCCCAACCGUCACAGAUGUAGACAAACAAAAUCAGUCUAAAUACUUUUACUUUUAUCAAGCUGAAGAUGGACAGCAAGUGUUCCUGAACAGUUUGAACGUGCGUAUUCUGAACGCUUCAUGGGGAGCGCUGGCUGCAGCGCCCCCUAUAAUCCGCGGCAGAGUGCUGCAUCGUGAAACAUUACCACUUACUGCACAGACUCGAAAACACAUGCCGUAUACAUCUCACUUGCCUCUAAAUUGUUCAUUCGACAUAGUUGAAAUGGACCUUCAACCACCCUAUGUGACAACUACAGCACUGAAGUGUUUUGCAGAAGAGUUAGAACGUCGCGCCCGGAACCGCGCGCGUCACGAGCGCGAUGAAAAGCGUCGGGAGAGGGCAUUACGCCGGGCCAUGGAGGGCCCGCCGAGGCCAGACUUCUCCUCCGAGCUGAUGUUCCCUCCCGCGGCCCUCGGCAGCCCGGACCCGCCUAUAUCCACGUCUCUGGAGGCCAGUCCGUCCACCAGCACUGUAUCGCCGCCGAGUUCCGGACCUUCGUUUGCUAAGAUGGCGAGUGCGAGCGGCACGUGGCGCAUUCGCAAGGCAGUGGAGCCGCCGCCGCCGCCGCCGUCCGACUCGCCGCCGGCGCCGCGCGCGCUCUGCCUCAGCGACGCCAUCGAGGCCGCUCUCCACGCCGCCCCCGCCGCCGCCGAACCCAAAGGCAAGAAGAAAAAGAACAAACAGAAGCUCCUUUUCGCUACUGGCAUGCAGCAGCAACACUGGGCCGGAGCCCGUGAAUAAUUUUGUUUUUUUAAAUCGACAUCUUCACUCAAUGAUCUAGAUGUUGUGGCCAGCGAACUUUUGUAGAACUAAAGCCGACCAUAAUCAUGAUUUCUCAACCCCAAAAAUCCGCUGGCAACAAUGUUUCGCUCUUUACUUUACAUACUCGCUCUCGAUAGCAAUAUUUCGUUUGUCGUUUCGUCUUCUGUCCCUCAUUUUAUUCGGAAAAAGAUAUAGUUAUACACAUCGCGACAUGGCUCUGAAUAAAUAAAUUGAGGCAGGAUAUAAAUGGAGUCAGUUUUACACUUUGAUUUUAAAUAAUAAACCAACAUUAACUAGUUUUAAUUUCCUGACUCGAAUCAAAUAUUUGUUAGAAUCAUCCUUUCAUCAUCUGGUUAGUUUCAGUCAGCGAUAUAUUUCGAAUCAUGUCGACGGGAUUUAUGUAACCAUAAUUUUGUCUUUUAUCCUUGUAACCUUGUAUCUUAAAAUGCCGUUACACUUAAGUUUAUUACACACUUAUCACAAUGCUUGCGGCACACGGCAUCGCAACAUUGUUCUGGCACUAUUGCAGACAUUUUCAUUGAGGAUUGUGGACAUAUUUAUCAUAUUGUAUCAUAUCAUAUUAAUUAUGCUCGAAUACAAGUUGCGCGCCAUGUACCGCAACUUUUGUGAAGUGUGUACAAUACUGGACUUUAUUGGUAUUUUGAAUGUAUGUCAUGGAAUCCAUCCAAAGUCGUAGAGUGAACAUGAAAUAUGAACAACUAUUCAUAAGUUAAGGAACGACUGAUUAGCCUCGCAUACUGUGCUUUUGUAACCAUUACACGCGGGCAAGAUGGAAGAUUUUGCUGUCUUUGUGUUAUGAUUUUUUAUAAAUCAGAUGGAUGUAUAAUGCUAACUUGCCUCUGAACCUUCCACUUCCCUGGAAAUAAAAUUACACUGUAACACAAAAUUUGAUAGCAGAAUCCAAAUAAUUUGACACUGUAAAAGCAAUUAAAAUAAAUCCCUGCUUGCCUCUUGAACUAUAAGAAGGUACUAAAAAUAUUACAUGUAGGUAUAUUUUACUACCAAUGCCACCAUCAUUAAAAUUAUGCAAUAAAUACUUUAUUUUAUGUAUGUAUAGACUAUUUUAAUAACAUAACUCAUUGUGUGUUUGAUUAAUUACGUUAUUCAAUUGUAAAAUGUAAAAAA